UUUAACCUGCCUCGUCCACCAUGGAAGAAACAGUCAAAUUUUGGUUCCUCUGUUGUUUUUCCACUUGUUGGGAAUGUGUAUCCAAAAGGACAGGAAGAACUUGCAACGGUAUUUCAAUUGGAACAUGGGUUUGAUUCACACUCCAUGUCUGAAGAAAGAUGUAUCGUCUGGAAAGAGGAAACAACGGAGUCUUUGUCUAAAGAAAUGAAUUGAGAAAGGACAGAUGUAUCCGGGUUUCCGAUGUUUGAGUAGAUGAGAAGUCAGUCUUUUACAAGUGUCUCUAGAAAUCAUGACUUAUUGGUCUACGGUAAUGAUGGUUCCACAAGGGGGCUUCUCCAUGCAAAUAUUUUCUCAGGGGCCUGUGCAAUCGGGGUCCUCACUGAUCCUUUUCUCAUUCUAUACAAGCAAAGAGGCCCAUUUGCAAUUUUUUCCUCUCUUUACUAUUGAUACAUGUAAAGAGAAGAAAAACUUGCAUGUGGGCCUCUUUGCUGGUAUAGAAUGAGAAAAGGAAUAGUCGGGACCCCGGUUGCACAUGCCUCUCAGUAAAUAUUUGCACAAGGACGCCUCCCUUGUGGAACCAUAAUCACCAUAGACCAAUAUAUCAUGCUUUCCAGAGACAUCCCUAGAAGACAAACUUCUCAUCUUUUCAACAUCGAAAAGGAAGAACUUGCAUUAUUAUUUCAAUUGGAACAUGGGCUUGAUUCACCAUCCAUGAUCGGAGAAAGAUUUAUCGUCUGAAAAACUGGAGUCUUUGUCUAAAGAAAUGCGUUGAGAAAGGACAGGUGUAUCUGGGUUUUGCUGUGAUGCAAUGGGCUUGUUUACACAAAACAUUCCUCUGUUCAUUCUAACUUACAUCAGCUAGCAAUUUUAUACGAGUUUUUGUGUUGGGGAUGAGUUCUUGGCUCACCAUGAGAAGAUUUGUUGCUAGUUUCUAGAAUUUGGAUUUCCUUUUGUAUUUGUGUUUGAAAUUCGUAAAACUUGCGUAUUACUUGUUUCCUGUUCUCUGUCUCUUAAACUCAUAUAUUCGAUUCAUGUUCAGGUAUUAUCAGGUGACACUCAAUGUAGGCCAACCCCCCAAACCUUACUUUCUUGACAUAGACACAGGGAGUGAUCUCACUUGGCUCCAAUGUGACGCACCUUGUGUAAAAUGUAUUCCAGCACCUCACAGUCCGUACAAACCGAAUAAAAAUGUUGUCAAGCAUAAGGAUCCCAUAUGUGCAUCACUUCACUCACCUGCAAACCAUCCCCGUCACACUCCUGACGAUCAAUGUGACUAUGAGGUUGAGUAUGCGGAUCAUUGUUCAUCCUUGGGAGUGCUGGUCAGAGACGCAUUUCCAGUAAAAUUCACCAAUGGUAGCUCCAUUGCUCCUCCUCUGGUGUUUGGUUGUGGGUAUGAUCAAGAAGUGCCAGCCUCUGAGCAUGCACCUUAUACGGAUGGAAUUCUUGGCCUAGGAAAUGGAAAAUCAAGCAUAGUAUCACAGUUGAGUAGCUUGGGUUUUAUCCGGAAUGUAGUAGGUCACUGUUUAAGCGGGCAAGGUGGAGGUUUUCUUUUCCUUGGAGAUGAUGUUGUCCCGUCUUCUGGGAUUGUUUGGUCACCUAUCGUCCGUGGAUCUUCAGAGAAACACUAUUCUUUGGGACCGGCAGAUCUCCUUUUCGGUGGGCAGGCAACUGGAAUAAAGGGUCUACCGAUAAUUUUAGACAGUGGAAGUACCUUUACCUACUUCAAUUCCAAAGCUUACAAAACUCUGUUGUCUUCGAUUAAGAAAAACAUAGAUGCAAAGCAGCUGACUGAUGCAGUGAACGACAAAAGUUUGCCCGUCUGCUGGAAAGGCUCCAAACCUUUCAAAUCCCUUAAAGAUGCUACGAUGUACUUCAAGCCAUUGACACUUAGUUUCACAAAAGCUAAGAAUAUUCAGCUUCAACUGACACCGGAGGCUUAUCUUAUUUAUACUGAUAAGGGCAAUGUAUGCUUAGGGAUAUUGAAUGGUUCAGUGGUUGGAUUAGGAGAUGUUAAUAUCAUCGGAGAUAUUUCUAUGUUAGACAAAAUGGUGAUUUACGACAACGAGAAACAGCAGAUUGGAUGGGUUCCAGCAAACUGCAACAAGCUUCCAUUGUUGUCCUGAAUAUAUCAAUGAUUACAGUGAAGAUUUUGGUGACAUAUGCAGGCAGAAAGUAUGUCAGUAUUGUAAGCAUACCAAUGUUUGCUAUAUUACAGAAGAACAUAUUUUAGUUGAUUUGUAAUACAGAAAAUUCACUGUAAUCACCCAUAGAAUUAUAUAUUUUUAUAAUAGCAGCCAUAUGUAUAUUCAGUUCAUCCCCAAA